AUGUUUCAGAGGCAUGCCAUUAACAAUGAAUACACUAUCGAUAUCCAGAAAUGGAGUGUUGAGUAUUCGGAUCUGACAUCUCAAGUAGAUUCAAUCAAGGCUUUAUAUCCGGCAUUUUUUGUAGAAAAUAAUGACCUUAUAAUGAAUUUAGACCUAUUUCGAGAGCAAAAUGUAGUUUAUGUACUCCUUUACUCUGCAGUCAUGCUUCAAUGGCCUUCUUUGAACCCAACAGUCUUAUUUUCUGUAGAUGAUAUCAACGAGGGCACAGUUUUUGAUACAUUUGCUAUAAAUAGAAUGAAGUUUAAUUUUGGCAUGCUCUCAAAUUGCGAAUGUAUUAAUUUUUUAACAAAUCAAAAUAUCGAUAAUGAAAUCAAAACACUCACAAGAACUUUAGCACUCUAUUUCUAUAUUAGGGCGCAAAGGGGCAGUAUUACACUCGAUUUAGAUUUAUUAGAAGGCAGAGAGUACAAAUGAAAUAAAUGUAAGGUUUUCCAAAAAAAUGGGGGAUUAGAAGCGUUUUUAAGAAUCUUUAUAACACAAGCAUUUGCAAGGAAGUAUAUAAAAAAAUUAUACGUGCUAACGAUGAAAGUGAUUUUGAAAUCAAGCUUGCAGAAAUCUUUGAAUAUGUGAUAG